AUGACCCACCCCAUGGGUCUUCUAAUAUGGAGUGUCUGGGGUAUGCGGCUCGCUGCCGGCGCCCCACACCUGCAAGCGACGCUGGAUUCAGCUGGUGGCUUUGCAGUGACGUUCGACGGCCUGCCUUGGUUGGAGGGCGGCGAGGUGCACGUCGGCCGGUGGUCCAGCCGCUCUGGCCUCGAGCUUCUUUCGCGAACCCGAACACCCGGCAGGGAUGCCUUGGGAGGCUACACAUCCGAGCAGAUGAUCUGGGGCCGCUCUGACACGAAGCGCCCGAUCAUGCAUGCAUCAAUUCGAGCUUAUGAUGACGACCCCAGCUUUCUCGUUUUCGAGCAGCUUUUCCCCGAGGAUGUGCACGUGGAUGCUGCGGCGUGGGGAACAAAACUGGCGGCGCCAGUGACCCUUUUCCCGAGCUUCAAGAGCCAGGGCCAUGCUGGCGAUCUUGAUUGCUUUGCCUACCACGGAGUCUUUCCCCAAAUGAAGAAGUGCAACUUGGCCAACUUCACGCCGACCCAUCAGGGAGGAGCACCCUUGGUCCUCUACAAUGCCACAGCCAGCGCUCGACCCAUGACCGUCUUCGCCCCACUAACAACGCCCAAGGCGCAGCACAUGUUCGCCGGUGACAAGUUGGUUGGAGCCGGUGUGAAGGGCACGGUUCCUUUCAUCCCGUCUGGAUGGAAGCAAAUGUUCAUCCUCUCCGCCGGCUUCGGUGUCCUUGAUGGCAUGAUGGCAUGGGGCGAUCGUAUGCUGAAGUUCACCGGGAAGCAGAGAGCGGACAUGUACAGGGACGACGUGGUCGGGAGCAUCGGAUUUUGGACUGAUAAUGGUGGGUACUACCACUAUGCAACUGGUGGCAAUGAGACCUACGAAGAGGUCCUUCCCAAAGUCAAGGAAUAUCACGACUCCUUGGGGAUCCCUUUCAAGCACUGGCAGUUCGAUUCUUGGUUCUACCCCAAAGAUGGCAAAGUAGAUCCCGGCGGCGGUGGUGGCGCGGUGGUGAACUGGACUGCGCUGCCCUCUGUGUUCCCUCACGGUAUGGCAUACAUUCAGUCCAAGCUGCUCGGAAUCAAAAGGAUGCACAACCGUCAGUGGUCACCCACUUCGGAUUAUGUGAAGCAUGAGCCCUUCAAGUGGUACACAUCUCCGAAGGCAGCAGUCCCGGAGGAUCCGGAAGCCUUCUUCAGGUGGUUUUUUACACAGCAAGAAGGAUGGGGACUGGCCAUGUACGAGCAGGACUGGAUGUGCACGGAGUACGACAACGUCGAGGCCCUCCAGACCAAUAUCUCCAUGGGCGAUCUUUGGCUUCAUGGCAUGGCUGCCGGAGCAGAGAGCAGUGGUCGCACAGUGCAGUACUGCAUGCCAUAUGCAUACGAUGUCCUAUCUGCCUCGGCAUAUCCGGCCGUAACCAACGCAAGGGCAACAGACGAUUACAUUGGGCGCGACAAGCAAUGGGCGAUCGGAGCUACGUCGAUGUUCUACUGGGCGAUUGGCAUUCUGCCCUUUAAGGAUGGCUUUUACUCCAGCCGCUCGGUCCAGAAGCGCAACUGCAACCUCCCGCAAGUGGGGGGCCAGGUGGUUGGACCUGAAACCGCUCCGAACCGUGCUGCACUGAUGGCAGUGCUAUCAGGUGCGAUGGUAGGACCGAUGGAUGGCAUCUACCUCUUGAACUUCACUCGCGUCAUGUCAACGUGCAGGGCAGAUGGUAAGGUGCUCAAGCCAGAUCUGCCCAUUAUGCCGCUGGAGUCCUGCUUCAACGCAGGUGUCGAUCCAGCUCGAGGCUCAGCACUCGAAUCGCUGGCUUUGGCCCUUUGCGGCCCGAUGCUUUCCCCGUUGAUGGGAACAGGUGCUGGAUGCCACAACUACUUCAGCUACUCUGACCUACCAGGCGCUGGCCGAAACUUCUAUCUCUUCAUGGAUCGGCCGGGCCAACUUCACCUCCGGGACGUCAUGCCGGCAGGACCUGGAGCAUCAGCCUAUGCGGUCUAUGAUUGGUACGGGAGGGGCGUCGUGGCGUGGCUGGAUGCGGCAGCGCCGGAGUCGGCCUUCAGCGUGCCGGGAGGAUACGAAAAACACAGCUAUGCAUUGCUGGCACCGGUGAUCCGCAGCUCGGGAUGGGCUUUGAUUGGCGAGAGGGCGAAGUUGGUGCCGACAUCCUCUCAUCGCUUCCGUGUUCUCGAUGCCAAGUCGGGAAUGCUGUCAGUGGAAGUCAAUGGGGUCGCAGGUGAAGCAGUUGAAGUUUGUGCUGCGGAACGGCACUCCGGCUUGCUGUGCAAGGAGAUUCGCUUCACGCAAAGUGGUUCGCUUGCAGUGAAGUUUGCUGCACAAGACAGCCCUGCCAUGUCCGUUGGGGCCGUCUUGGCCGCUCGGAAUGCUUGCGGCUCUGGCUCCAAGUCUGUCUCCUCGGGGAUGUCCGGGUACCGAUCCACUCGAUACACCUAUGGCUACGAUCGCCACGAAGCGGCGGUGCGCGAGUUGCAACGGAAGGCAAGGCUGCAUUUCACAAUCCGAGACUAUGACGUGCAGGGAAAGGGCAGGCUGGAGCGGAGCCAGUUGGUGCAGCUGCUAACCGACACCGACUCCUCCACCCCGCCAGGAACUCCACCAACCGAAGAGCAAGUGGAGUUCCUGCUCAAGCUAUGUGAGGUGAAGGAGGAUGGUUGCAUUGCAACAGCAGAGCUGGAAGAACUGCUGUCUUGCUGGUACACCUACACCGACAAACGUCACGUUUUUGAUGCCAAGCUUGAGAAGUAUGAUGUUUCAAAGACUGGAAAGCUUUCCAAAGACGAACUCAAAGCCUAUCUCACAGACCUGAAUGGUGGCCAUGAUGUUCAAGAAGCAGACGUGGACUGGGUCAUGAAAGCUUCGGAUAUCAUCAGGGAUGGCGGACUCAACAAAAUGGAACUUGAGUUGGCCACGUCACUCUGGUACGGGUUCGUAGAUCGAAAACCUGAGAGCCAGUGUUGCACCACGUCCUGA